AUGACCGAUAAAGAAAGGGAGUAUGCUGAUCUUAAGCGAAAACGCGCUACGAUUAAGAGCCAGAUUACCAAAUUUUCGACAUUUUUGGAUGGAUUCAUCGUUAAUAAGGCAGCUCUAACGCAACUUCGUAUUAGGUUGGAGAAAAUAGAACAAUCAUGGAUGGGCUACAGCAACAUCCAAGAUCAAAUUAAAGCGUUGGACAGCACUGAAGCAUUUACAUGUAAGCAACAACAAGAACGAUCAGAAUUUGAGGAAGCAUAUUUUUCGAUCAUAGAAAGAGCACAUCUCAUUUUAGAGGAAAACACAAAUCAAAGGGUUAACAUAGAGGUAGAAAAUGUAGCCGUAGGUAUAGUUAGCGAAAACGCGAUUGUAGCAGCAUUCGGUCCAAAACCAAAAAAAGUAAUUGAAUCUCUUGAUCUAACUGAAGAAAACUAUCCAAGAGCGAUAGAGUUAUUAAACGGUCGUUUUGAUAAGGCUAGAUUAGCCACGCGACAUCACGCUAGGGCAAUAUUCGAUUUGAAACCGAUUAUUAAAGAAUCUAGUAAUGACUUACGUAACUUAACCGAUAACCUCAAGCAACAUUUAGAAGCAUUGAAGGCGCUUAAGUACAAGACUGAUACUUGGUGUCCGUUAAUCAUAGAGUGGAUUUUAACUCGAGUCGAUCCAAUAACAGCGCGUGAAUGGGAAGACAAAACAGCUCCUAAUCCAGAAUACAAAACGAAGGAGUUCAUUCAAUUUCUUGAAGCUAAAUGUAACAUGUUAGAGAAUGUUAGCGCGUUAGAUAAUACAAAACUAGAUAGCGAAAAAUCGAAAAGGUGUAAAGGUGUAGCGCAUGUUAUAUGCAAAGGGGAACAUAAGACCUAUCAAUGUGAAACAUUCAAGGGUUUAAAUGUCAAAUCAAGGUCCAGUGCGUGCAAGCAGUGUAACAAAAAGCAUCAUUCAUUGCAUUAUCAAAAUAGUGAUAAUGAGAGUAAAAGUGAAGUUAAAACCGAAGUAGAGAUAGUAGAUAAAAACGGAAAAUGGCAUGAUGCGCGUGCGUUAUUGGACAACGCGGCGACGAUCAAUUUCAUAACUUCUGAUCUGCUUCAUAAGUUAGAUUUACAAACAGAAAGGGUAGCGGGUCAGGGUAAAGUCGGGUUUAGUGGAAAUGCUACGCGUACGAAAGAAAUUGUAACAACGAUGAUUAAAUCAAAGGUGCAGCAAUAUUCUCAAUCGUUAAAAUGCACAGUGGUUGAUCAGAUUACUAGUAAGAUUCCAGAGAGUCGAAUCGACAUAUCACGAUUGAAGCUUCCCGAUUCUAUAUCCAUUUCGCAAUUGGCUGAUCCAACGUUCAACGUACCGCAAGAGAUAGACUUGCUACUAGGAGCAACAGUCUUCUGGAAUGUAUUGCAAAAAGGACGAAUUCAACUCAAUAACGAACAACCGGUAUUCCAAAACACGAAGCUCGGGUGGAUUCUGGGCGGAAGCUUCACAGCCAAAACCUUAACUAUUGAAGAAGCGGAGUGUGAGAAGCAUUUUGAGUCAACUACCUAUCGAGAUAGGGAUGGGAGAUUUGUCGUAUCACUACCACUGAAGGGCAAAAUCCAAGAUCUGGGAGAAUCCGAGCACAACGCAAUGAAGAGGCAAAAAUCGAUUGAGCGUCGAUUCACAAAAAAUCCCGUGUUCCAGGGCUGCGUUCCAAAACCUUACUCUGAGUAA